GCUCGCCAACAGCGCGUCAUUUUUAGCUCCGGGGUGGGUUGGAUGUCUGGAGUUCAGAGCGCACCACAGCCGGCGGGCUGUCUUUGAGCGUGUUUUCCCGUCCGUUUCUGAUCGCACGGAGAGGAAAGCUGAUCAGAAGGCGGGCUGAGUGGGUGAAGGUGUGUGGAGGAGAUGGUUACUUCAGCAGGAUGGACCGGAGGAAAGUCGUGCCCGGGUUCGUCUCCUGCUGUCUGUUUCUGGCCCUGUUUGUCUCUGCAGAGGUCAAUGAAGGUGCGCACUUGAAUGUUGUGCAGAGUAAAGCUCCGCUCUCCUGUUCAGAAGGUUUUACAGAAGUGGGCUACUAUAAUGGCUCAGUUUCCCACACGGACUCAGGCUCCCCCUGCCUGAAGUGGACAGAUUUCCCAGACUAUAUACGACAGUACCCGGGCCGAGGCCUGGGGGAACAUAGCUUCUGCCGAAACCCAGACCGAGAGCCCAAUCCCUGGUGCUUCUUCAGGCAGAGCUCCGGUGCCAUCAGCUGGGCCUACUGCGACUGCCAUCAGGGUGCAGCCAGAUUGGUAGGGGGGUCAUCGGGCAACAGCGGCCGCCUAGAGGUCUACCUGAACGGUCAGUGGGGGGCGGUAUGUGAUACACACUGGACCGACCGUGAUGCCAGUGUCAUAUGCAGACAACUCGGACUGGGUGAGAUUGGCACAGCCCUGCAGCAUUCCUACUUCGGGCCAGGUUCCAUCUUCCACUAUGAACGUCUGGGUUGCCGUGGUAAUGAGAAUUCCCUGCUGGAAUGCCGGAGCAGGAAGUUUGUGACCAGCGACUGCUACCAUGGCAAUGAAGCAGGGGUGGUUUGCGCUGAACCUGAAGGCACUGGCAUCCCCUUGAGGCUGGUGGGGGGCCUGGAGGACUUUGAGGGCCGCGUUGAGGUGUACCAUGGUGGCAGGUGGGGAACCAUUUGCGAUGACCAGUGGGAUGACGCUGAUGCUGAGGUGGUGUGCCGACAGCUGGGCCUAGGGGGCGUGGCCAAGGCAUGGACAUGGGCCCACUUUGGCCAGGGUGUUGGUCCCAUCUUGCUGGAUGGGGUUCAGUGUACAGGCAAUGAACUCUGUCUGGAGGAGUGUCCUCAUAACGUCUGGGCGCAACACAACUGUGACCACAUGGAAGAUGCAGGGGUGUCCUGCAACCCAUACACAGAUGGUGCAGUUCGUCUUGUGGGAGCAGACAGCCACAUGGAGGGUCGCGUGGAGAUUUACCACCAAGGAGAAUGGGGCACUGUGUGUGAUGACAACUGGACCGAGCUCAACGCCCAGGUAGUGUGUAGACAGCUGGGCUUCAGCGGCCGAGCAGAGGUGGCACCUGAUGGGGUUUAUGAAGAAGGCCAAGGGCUCAUCCUGCUGGACGAGUUGCAGUGCCAGGGAACAGAGGCCAGUUUACUGGCCUGCACCCACUCUGAGUGGGGCCAACAUGACUGCUCCCACAGUGAGGAUGUAGGUGUCCGCUGUGAGAAGGGAGGUGAUGCCAAUGAGAUACCAGGCCUGUUGCCUCCUAUUGGCCCUGUGGUGCGUUUGGUUGCUGGAGAGAGCAGGAAGGAGGGUAGAGUGGAGGUCUUCAUUAAUGGCCAGUGGGGAAGCGUGUGUGAUGAUGGCUGGAAUGAUGUCAAUGCAGCUGUAGUUUGCAGACAGCUGGGAUUCACUGGCUCUGCUAAAGCUCGAUCCAUGGCGUACUUUGGUGAGGGUCAAGGUCCAAUCCAUCUAGACAACGUCCGAUGCUCGGGCACCGAGAUAUCCUUAGGCCAGUGUCCGGCUGUGGGUCAAGAUGGCCAUGACUGUCGCCACAGUGAGGAUGCCGGUGUUAUCUGUGAUUACACCCUGGACCCUGUCGGGGAUGGUGCCAUGGCAAUGCAGACCUGUGGCCUGCGACUCAAUAAGCAGCGGCGUCGACGUAGGAUCGUUGGAGGAGAUAAGUCACUUAGGGGGGAGUGGCCCUGGCAGGUGUCUCUGUGGCUCAGGUCUCAGUCUAAAGGCAAUCAUCCUCUGUGUGGAGCAUCACUUAUCAACCCCUGCUGGGUUGUGACCGCUGCCCACUGCUUUAAGAGAUUUGGGAGAGACCCCACCCGCUACGUGUUGCGCUUGGGUGACUAUCACACUGCGGAGCAGGAUGACUUUGAACGCACCUUAUCCCCUGAACGCAUCGUUAUCCACAGAAAGUACCAAACUCAGGGCUGGGAGUACGACAUCGCCCUGCUGCGGCUCAAAGGCUCAGAGGGCAACUGUGUGGCAUUUAACCCCCACAUUGGUGCAGUGUGUCUGCCAGAGCCAGGUCACAAGUGGGAGAAGAGGCCUGCUGCCUGUGUAAUCACUGGCUGGGGUAUCACAGACUCAGAGUACUCCCGGACUCUGCUCCAGGCCUGGGUCCCCCUUCUUCCACCCUGGAAGUGUAAGAAGCGAUAUGGUGAUCGCUUCACCAGCCGCAUGCUGUGUGCCGGGAGCCUGUCGGAGCACCACCGUGUGGACAGUUGCCAGGGUGAUAGUGGGGGUCCGCUGGUUUGCCAGGGGGAGGGGGGCCGUUGGAUUCUGACAGGGGUCAUCUCCUGGGGUCAUGGCUGUGGUAACCCAGCUUUCCCUGGGGUGUACACACGUGUUAGCAGGUUCCUGCGAUGGAUUGACAAGGUCAUCAACAAACCCUAUAAGAACUAAUGAUGGAGGAUAUUACUUAAUAAUAAUGAAUAGCCAAUGCUAGUAAGUGGCCUUGUGGCAGGAGGUGUGUUAGAAGAAGGUAAGAAUUAAGCCCGCUGGCCAUUGCUUGUGUGUUGUGCCUCCUAGACUUUUACACUCUUGUUGGAUUAUUUGUUUCCUUUCUCACAACACAUCAAAAAGCAUGUAAAAUACAUUGUAUAAUAUCGUCACUACAAUCAAUAUUUCAUGCAGAGGCGCUGGUAGGUUAGUACGUAGCUUACCUUCAUGACUUUUGACAUUCACCCGAACUGCAAUGUGUCUGCUUCUUGCACGUCUUCAUCAAACCAGUUCAAUGGUUGCUUCUUCUUUCAUCCCACACUCACAAAAGGGUUUCUGCCAACAUAAAUGCACUAACAAAAUGGCCAUAUCUCUCACUGUAAACUGAUUGUUAUCAGUGUUAGUAGAGUUAGCAGUGCUUUGCUGACCAAUAAGGCUGCACUGCUUCACAAUAUUAGUGUUCCAAUGGUUUGCCUGUUGAAAGCUAUUAUUGUGAAGCAUUGAGGUUAGAGAUGUGGGUUGACCAUGGUCUAAGCUGUGGUUCCCUACUGUGAGGCCAUGAAAAUGCAUAUGAUCAUGGCAGCGCAAUACAGGCCUUCAUGGGUCCAAAAUUUAGGAUCUGAUCUGAAGUGGAACAUUAGAAAAACCUGCCCGAACCCAACAUACAUAAAUAUAUUUAUUUAGUGAAGGGUAGGAUUGCGGAUAGAGAAUAGUACCCAUCCAAACAGACUGGACUAGAGGACAUGUUGACACACAGACCAGAGACCUGUGACAAUCAAAUUUGUCUCUGGCUACUAGGAACCAAGUGGACCCAUGAAGACCUCUGCUGGGUACAGUUAAACAGUGCUAACAGUGCUGUACUAAACCAGUCAUGUGAACGGUUGAACAACAUUGCACUAGAAAGCAUGCCUUAAAAUCCCACUGGGUCACCUUUAAAUGAACCUCAUGCAGGCCCGAGCUAGUGAAGGAAUGACAGUACAGGAAAAAACAAAUACAUUUGAAGAAUGAUGUGUAAGCAGUAGAAGUAGAAGUACAGUGAAUUUGCAUGUAGACAUUUUAUUUGUUUUAUUAACAUUCCAAGUGUGCAUCUCUGAACUAAACCCACAGGUCUAACCGUUAUUUAUCAUUACUCUAACCAUUACAUGACAUCAUUGUCGCCAAAUUAUUUUUUGUUUGCUAAAAUGUAACUAAUUACAGGUCUAUAAGAUAACAUAUACAAAGUGCAAGUCCAUUGAUAGGCUGUCUACACGUAGCUAAGAGAGGCUUAUAAUCAAGACUGCAUAACCAAUCAGCAAAAACACCUGGGGCCCCAGAGCCCAGGGCAAAAAAGCCACUGGUUCACUGUUUGGCAUUUGGUUUGUGGUUAUUUAACUGUAACUAUGUUUGGGGAUGUGGGAAGAUGUAUAUUAUCAAAUGGGAGGGCCCUGCUUUCACCUGAGCUUGAGGCCGUGUCUUAGAGAGGGUCCCUGUGUCAAAAUAUUCUGUACAUGUAGAAGCUUCAGAAUUUAAGAUUUUGUGUUUAUAUGGUGAAUAAUAUGAAAUUUAUUUGUAUUUAUUUUUGGAAUACUGUACACAUUGGUGUGUACAACUGAAGCUUUACAACAAGGUAUACUUUUUUAUGUGUUCUGUUCUGCAUUGGUCAGUGCAAUUUUAAUUUUUUAUUGUUUUAAUUUAUUUUGAAAAAACAUCAAUGUUUACUUUGUUAAGCUGUAUCUAUUUACAUAUUGUUCAUAUUAACAUGGUCACAUUCCACUAUGAGACUAGAGAAAUGCAAACAUUGCUGUAGGUAACAAUGCUGCUGAGACAUUUAAUAUGUUUCUCAGCUACUGGGAACCAGUAUCCAACCACAACACACUUAACAGGGACUAGCUGACUUGUUUCUAUUCAAACUUGAAGCAUUUUGUUCAUGUAGCAGAUACUAUUCAAUAAAUCCAUCCAUCCAUCGUAAACCACUUAUCUUGCAUACAGGGUCACGGGACUAUUCAAUAAAUGUCUUUUUUCAUUUAAAAUUAUUAAAUUUCCGAUCCCCUCUCAAAUUCUCUCCUACUGUGUGAUCCAUGCUCUAUAAAAUUGUAAAGUUCUCAAACAAAAGCUGGAAAAAAAUAAACACAGUACAAUUCCACAACAUUUCUCUACAACUCUCACUUUAUCUUUUUAACAAAAAUAUUGUUCUCACUUGUUUAUUUAUUCUGACAAUUGUACUUCUCUCUCAUUAUUAAUAUAUAUAUAUAUACUGUAUAUACACAAUAUUAAGUUGUCCUUAAUGACAAUGUGACAGAAGCAUUAAACUUGCUUUAGACAGUAAAGGAACACAGAAUACAGGGAGAUUUUUUCCAACAAUAUAUUAAUUAUUCUUUGCUUUAUGCAUAAACAAAAAUACAUAAGCAAAGCUGUGAUAACAAUAGCACACAUAAAGGCACUUUGAAAUAAACAAACAACUCUAACACACAGAAACUGUGACAAAAAAUAUUUUCAUAAAUUGGUAAUCCCUAACAGAGCAUGUCUAAAUUGAAAAUUAAGUAUCACAUAAUAUCAGUAAUUACAUUCACAUAGUUACAGUCUGGAGAAAUCAUACAAACUGUUCAGCAAGAUUUACACCAAGGAUAAUACAUUCCUCUCCUUUAUCAUCUAUUGAAUCCAUACACUUCACAAAAGCAGUAAAUGGUCCCAAACCUUUUCAAGCAAUACCUAUUUUAAUAAAUAUGUAACCUUUUUCAGAAGUCUUAAUUGCAUCUGCCUAACCCAUUGUUGCUAAGCUAGUUCAUUUCCAUAAAAGUGCAAUUAGUCAUUUAACAUACAGACUACUUAGAUCUAUCACUAAUUGUGUUUCUUUAGAUACAACCCUAAAACAAAACAUUUAGGAUCUAUUGCAAUUUUUUAAGAAAUAGUCUUCUUCACUGUAUGUUCUCAUUUCUUACCUAUUCCCAGAAGGUCUUGUUUUUUCUGCAUUGGAAAACACAGUGUAACAAUGUGACAGUGACAUAUGUUCACAUUUACCAAUUCUACUGUGUUAAUCUGAGGUGAGUACUUACUGACUGAGCAUGAGCCACAGCACAGUCUACUUUUCUCCAUCACUUUCUAAGUCUUCUCCCCGAGUGUUUAGAUUAGAAAAUCUGGGUAACUUGAUAACAAAAUGUAGUUAAACUCUCAUACAACACCUUUGCUUAGACCGUCCUUAGUCAGCAUUUUUUCCAAAAUAUAUUUGGGGGUUUGAGGGCUUAUUUUGGCUUAUUCUACUGAAAUUCCUCAGUUGAAGAUACUUAAAAAAAUAUCAUCUAUUUCAUACUUUCACCUAAUUUCUUUAAAUGACAUGUUAUGUGUGAUAGGAAAUUCUUUUUCCUGUUCUUUUGAGUAGGGAUAAUUAUUAAUAUAAUAUACUUGAAUGCCUGUCUAGAAAUGGCCUACAACUCUCCUCACUUGAGAUAAAUAAAGGACAUGCCCACUUUUGGAGAAGUUAUGGUAAGCAAGUCAACAAGAAGUCUUACCAGCACUUGUUGUUGGAUCUUGUACACUACAUGGAUUUUUUGUUUGAAUGUGCUGUUGAUCUGCUAAAUGGUGUUGAAUUUAUGGGAUGCGCUUCAGACCUGGACAUAACAACUGCUUGUUAGAUUCUGAAUUGUCAUUGUACAAUAAAACGUGUGAAAAUGU